GGAGCCUCCCGCGGGCUGGUGUUGGAGGGAGUGGCUCUUUCCCAGCAGCACACCCAGGUGUCCUGCCACAGUGGAGCUUGGUUUCCGUAUGCAUGGAUAUCACCUGAAUCUUCUUAGCAGAGCUUAAAUUGUGUGUCAGCUCACUCUAGCCAUGAGUGGCUCCAAACCUGAUAUCCUGUGGGCCCCACACCACGUUGACAGAUUUGUUGUGUGCGAUUCAGAGCUGAGCCUUUAUCACAUUGACUCUGCUGUAAGUUCAGAACUCAAGGCAGGGUCCUUGCGCUUGUCGGAGGAAACUACGGCUACGCUCCUGUCAAUAAAUUCGGAUACACCGUACAUGAAAUGUGUGGCUUGGUAUCCCAAGUACGAUCCUGAAUGUCUCCUUGCUGUUGGACAGGCCAAUGGCCGAGUGGUACUUACCAGCCUGGGGCAAGAUCACAACUCAAAAUCUAAAGAUUUGAUAGGCAAAGAGUUUGUUCCCAAACACGCUCGGCAGUGCAACACCCUGGCGUGGAAUCCACUGGAUAGCAAUUGGCUCGCUGCUGGGUUAGAUAAACAUAGGGCUGACUUUUCAGUCCUGAUCUGGGAUAUCAGCAGCAAAUAUGCUCCAGAGACUGCAGUUGCUACAGAGAAAGUAAGACUUUCAGCAGGAGAUGCAGAAGCAGGCCUGGUAGUAACAAAACCACUGUAUGAAUUAGGACAGAAUGAUGCUUGUCUCUCUCUCUGUUGGCUUCCACGGGAUCAGAAGCUGCUAUUGGCUGGAAUGCAUCGAAAUCUGGCUAUCUUUGAUCUUAGGAACACAAGCCAAAAAAUUUUUGUAAACACCAAGGCUGUCCAGGGAGUGACUGUUGAUCCCUAUUUCCACGAUCGCGUCGCUUCCUUCUAUGAAGGUCAGGUUGCCAUAUGGGAUUUAAGAAAGUUUGAAAAGCCUGUUUUGACCCUGACAGAGCAACCAAAACCCUUAACAAAAGUUGCAUGGUGUCCAACAAGGACUGGACUGUUGGCUACUUUAACAAGAGAUAGUAACAUCAUUAGAUUGUAUGAUAUGCAGCAUACUCCCACCCCUAUUGGAGAUGAAACUGAGCCGACCAUAAUUGAAAGAAGUGUCCAACCGUGUGAAAAUUACAUUGCUUCAUUUGCCUGGCAUCCCACAAGUCAAAAUCGAAUGGUAGUAGUGACUCCCAACAGGACUAUGUCUGACUUCACAGUUUUUGAAAGAAUUUCUCUUGCAUGGAGCCCGGUGACGUCCUUAAUGUGGGCUUGUGGACGACAUUUGUAUGAGUGUACUGAAGAAGGAAAGGCUAGUUCCUUGGAGAAAGACAUAGCAACCAAAAUGCGCCUCAGAGCUCUGUCAAGGUAUGGUCUUGAUACUGAACAAGUUUGGAGAAAUCACCUCCUAGCUGGAAAUGAAGAUCCUCAGCUGAAAUCACUUUGGUACACUCUGCAUUUUAUGAAGCAAUAUACUGAAGAUAUGGAUCAAAAACUUACAGGAAACAAAGGUCCCUUAGUUUAUGCUGGCAUUAAAUCAAUUGUGAAGUCAUCUUUGGGAACAACAGAGAACCUCAGGCACAGCAGGAGUGGAUCUGAUAGACAGGCAGAUAUUAUUCAGUAUUUGAGUGAGGAGAGAUCUUUGGCUUUGCAGCUCUGUGGGUGGAUAAAGAAGGGAACAGACUUAGAUGUGGAACCUUUCCUGAAUUCAUUGGAACAGGAAGGAGACUGGGAGCGAGCUGCUGCUGUAGCACUUUUCAACUUGGACAUACGGCGAGCAAUACAAAUUCUGAAUAAAGGGGCUUCCUCAGGAAAAGGUGAUCUGAACCUUAAUGUAGUAGCAAUGGCUCUGUCAGGCUACACAGAUGAGAAGAACUCACUUUGGAGAGAAAUGUGCAGUACUCUAAGACUGCAGCUGAACAAUCCCUACUUGUGUGCUAUGUUUGCUUUCCUGACGAGUGAGUCUGGUUCAUAUGAUGGUGUUUUGUAUGAAAAUAAUGUAGCUGUACGAGACAGAGUGGCAUUUGCUUGCAAGUUCCUCAAUGAUGCUCAGCUCAACAGGUUUAUUGAAAAGCUGACAAAUGAAAUGAAGGAGGCUGGGAAUUUGGAGGGAAUACUGUUAACAGGCCUGACAAAAGAUGGAGUUGACUUGAUGGAAAGUUAUGUUGACAGAACUGGAGAUGUCCAGACAGCAAGCUAUUGCAUGCUACAGGGUUCUCCAUCAGAUGUACUUAAGGAUGAAAGAGUUCAGUACUGGAUUGAGAACUACAGGAAUCUCUUAGAUGCUUGGAGGUUUUGGCAUAAACGUGCAGAAUUUGAUAUCCAUAGGAGUAAGCUGGAUCCCAGCUCAAAGCCUUUAGCCCAGGUGUUUGUGAGUUGCAAUUUCUGUGGAAAAUCAAUCUCUUACAGUUGUUCAGCUAUUCCUCAUCAGGGGCGAGGCUUUAGCCAGUAUGGAGUCAGCGGUUCACCAACCAAGUCUAAAGUUACCAGCUGUCCUGGUUGCCGUAAGCCCCUUCCCCGCUGUGCACUUUGCUUGAUAAAUAUGGGAACACCAGUUUCCAGCUGUCCAGGAGGAUCCAAGUCAGAUGAAAAAGUGGAUCUUAGCAAAGACAAGAAGUUAGCCCAGUUCAACAACUGGUUUACUUGGUGUCACAACUGUAGGCAUGGUGGACAUGCUGGUCAUAUGCUGAGCUGGUUCAGGGACCAUACCGAGUGCCCAGUUUCUGCCUGCUCUUGUAAGUGUAUGCAGCUGGAUACAACAGGGAAUCUUGUUCCAGCAGAGACUGUCCAGGCAUAAAUACUGUUAGUAAAUGUGUGGCUCUCUAAUGGAUGUCCAUCCUAGUCCAAGCAGAUAUUUUAGACAAAGGUAAUUUGUGACUUACUGUGAAAAAAUAAAUUGCUAUCAAAGUAGUAAAAUGAUGUGUGUAUGACUGUGCUUGGCAGAAACAGGUAUUCCUGAAGUGAGCCUCUGAGCAGUGUGAGGCCCUCAUUCAGGAGAGUGAAGAAAUGCACUCCUGGAAUUGUGGACUCUUUGGAUUUGCUGAAAUCCAAAGAAGACCUUUAUUAAAAAAGUUUUGAAGAUAAUGCUGAUUGGUUUCAAAGCUGAGUUUAUAUGCUGUGAAAGCAGACCUUCAAAAUAAACACUUGAAAAGAAGAUGGCAAAGUGAUGCUGUGGACUCCUCUGUUCAUUGUUUGACCACUUUUGUAUGCAAAUGAUUGUUUCCUUGUAAGUUUAUUCAAAGUGUCACUGCUAACUGUCUUCUAAAGAUUUUUAUUUAAUAGAAAAAUCCAUUUCCUUCUUUUCCCAGGCUUUGUUGAUAGUAAAGCAACAUCUUGGCAAUUCAAGUUCUUACUUAACUAGGCUACGUAUCUAGCUGAUUCAAAUUUUAUUGCUAAAGAUUUUGGGGGUUUUCUCUCCUAGCAAUGACUGUAUCCUAGAGAAGAGUUCCCCAAGAAGUCAUGUGACUGUUUCAGUGCAGAGUGCAGGUAAACUAUAGGAGGUUGUAUCUGAUAAAUUUUUAACUUUGUACUGUGAAGAUCUGAAAUCUCAAGGACUGGAGACUUGUAAAUAUGUAAGUUUUAAACUAUGUGUAGAGUUUUGACUACAAAAAUAUUUGAAGACUUCGAGAUAAUCAGCAUUUCCCUGUACUUCUGAAAUAUACUGGGAAGUGUGGAAUCAACCUGUAUAAAUCCUGCUUCUGGUCUCUAGUGAACACCCAUCUGCUGCCAGUUUUAAGUAAUUGAUCAGAGUACUUCUAGAUGUAUUACCAGCUGGAAUUAAGAUUAUUAACUUGAGAGAGCGCCAAUGAUAUUUUGCUAAUACUGUGCUAGGAGCUAAUUGGUAUUGUUGUCCUUGACUUUGCAGGCAACAAAAUUCACACAAAUUAGGGAAAAAACCAAACCUGUUUUAAGGUACGUAAUAAUAACAUCAGUUUACUUGGUGUGUGUUUAUUUACAGUAUAUGAGUUACUCAACACUUGUGUGCUAUGAAAUAGUAAAUGGAAUGUUAGCAAUAAACUGGUACUGUUUGCCAGAACUGUAAAAAUUGCUGUUUUAAAGAGAAUAUAUUGUAAUAUACCACUAGUUCUAUGUGCUCUAGUGUAGUUUCAAGAAGAUAAAAUAUGGAAAUGUUUUCUGUGGGUGUACAAGAUUACAUCCAGGACUUUGGGUUGUAUUUUCUGAGUUAGCAUUAAUGUUGUAAUACAUCUGCUGCAUUUAUUUUGAUCUAAAAUUGGCAAAGAUUUUUUUUUCAGAGGUAGAAAUCUAAGAGGUACUUGGUAUUUUUAGGCAUGGGAGAGCAGUUACUUUUUUUUCUUUUUAGAAUAUUUAUUUCUCUUUCUAGUAUUAUUGCACACUUCACAUCGCUGUUAAACAGCUCUUCAAAAUGUUCUCCAUUUAUAAAUGUAAACUGGGGCUUACAGUAUGGUACCCUAUUUAUAUAAAUACAGGCAAUAAAGGUUUUGGUUUAUGUAAAUGAGGAUUGGUAAGUGUCAAGUAUUUGUUUUUUAUUCUUAUGUAGUAACAUUUAGUAAAUUUUCCUGAUAAUUUCCGUGUUGAAGUAAAUGCAACUACCAACAUACAGUGUCUCAUUUUCUCUUGUAAAGAAAAUGAAUCUAUAACGUUUUUACCUCGACUAUUAGUGUGUGUGUCAAAUUCUAUCACUAAGUUAAAUUACAUGCUCACUUUAAUACUCAUGUUUUGGAUUAUGAAUGUGCAUAUUCUGGCACUAUGAGUUUUGGCUGUUGCAAUUAGUAAUCAGGCUUUCAAGUCAGUAGUUACACUACUUGCAAAAUUUACAAAGCAGAGCUGAAUGUUUUUUAAUUACCAGAGUUUUUCCCUUGUUUUGUUUCUAAAUUAAUAAAACUGUCAUUUUUGGGGUGAUUUCUUGUUUUCUAACGAAAAGUAUAGCUAUAACCAUUUAUUAGCUGCAGUUAUUUAUUUUUUUUGUUUACUAUUGCCUGGUAAAUCUCAGCUCAACUCUGCUGAUGUGUUCAAACCUUCCCUCACAAGACCUCAUACCCCAGGCUGGUCUCUGAAGAAGUAAAGCCAUCUAGUGGCAGGCUGCUCCACUGGGCAUGGGUGGUGUGGGUAACUGCAUAAAAUUUUACAGAGUGUAUGUGCACACACAAAAUACCAAUUUUCUAAAGCAGAAUAGAACAAAAUAGUUUUAAAUGGUAGGAAAACAUGCAUGCAGUUAUUAAGAAUGACAUUUGGUUCUACUGAGCACUAAAUAGAGUGGUGAUAAACAAGGCAUGGUAUUGUGCCACAUGGAUCUUGUGUUCUGUUUGCUGUACAAGACCUCCUUCCCAGUGAGAGUAACUGCGUCACUAUCUGUCUUCUAGUUCCUCUGUUAACUUGAUCAUCCCUCCAGUUUAUAGUGAGUUCAAAGUGUAAGUUUUUGAAACCUAUUCCUUGGCUGAUAAUGGAGAUGUCUAUAAAUAAGCACAAAGCUACCAGACUUAUUAAGGCACUAAAUCUAACUACUAAACCUGAAACCUGUUUGUAUGAAAGUUUAAUGAACAUGGCUACAGUUUACUUGAAAUACUUUGAAAUAUUUCAUUAAUUCCCAGAGAAUAUUUCCAAAGUUCAAUUUUACUUUAAAUGUGUUACCUCACGUGAUGCAAAAAAAAUUGUUAAGUAUUGUAAGUAGCUUUGAUAGUAACAAAAUUUGGGACUGUUUGAAGUUCCUAUGUUUAAUCACCAUGACAAGCUGGCUGAAUCCUGGUACUGCUGCUUCGACUCCAACCAAGAAUGAAGGCUGUGAUGGGACUUCAACUGUGCUUGAAGUCCUCAAGCCUAAUUAGACAUCUUUCAACUGUUUAGCAUCAGUGCAAAGGCAAGAACCUUGUACUCCACUUUGUUAAAUUUAACUGUGUCAAGUAAAAUGAACAGGACUUGCCACAUAUCACUGAAAAUAAAACUAACAUU